CUUCAUCUCAAACAUUCUGAAGAUGGCUAAUAGCCCUAAUCCUGAUGAACCCAUUGAUCUUCCGGAUUCUGAUUCAGAUGAUGAAGUUUCUGAUUCUCAUCAAACGGAAUCAAAGAAGAAAACCUCUAAUGUCACCUCGCUGAAUAAGCCUGGAAUUCAUUUCAAGCGCCAACGAAAGCUCACUUCAGAUGUGUGGGCAAAUUUUGAAUUCCUUGAUAAACCUGACGAACAAGGUAACAUCAUUUGCAAGUGUAAAAAAUGUGGGCAGAAAUAUAAUGCUGAAAGUAGGCAAGGAACUGGUAAUUUAAAACGCCACAUUAAGAAAUGUAAAAAAAGGACCUUUAAAGAUGUGGGUCAGAUGAUUAUUGAUUCAAGCAGUUCUGGUUCUAUGAUGAAUAGGGUUCCUACAAUUGAUUAUGAUAUUGUUCGUGAGAUGUUGUAUAUUGCUGUGGUGAAACAUGAUUUGCCUUUUUAGUUUGUUGAAUAUAGUGCUGUUAGGAAGUUGAUUAAUUACAUAAAUCCUGAUGUUAAACUUGUGUCUCGAAAUACUUUGAAGGCUGAUGUUCUGAAAAUGUUUAAGAGGGAAAAAGAUAAACUUAAGGAGGA